CCGGUUCUAGCCAAGCCGUGCGUGUUACUCAAAAAAAAAAAAGAGAGAGAAAGCCAAGGCAAGCCGCGGCGAGCAGAAGCGGUGGGCGCGCGACGGCGGCGGCGGUUGGCCCUCUCGAGUCAUGGUGCUACCCGCCAACCUCUCGCGCGACGUCGGAGCUCACUCGUGCUCUGCGCAGGACGGCCAGGGGGAAGCGGGGCCGCCGCGCCCGCGCAGACCGCCCGCGUUCUACAGCUCCGUGUUCGCACAGAUCGAAGAGGUCGGGUGGGGGCAGCUAGUGAGCGCCACAGGCGAUGACGGCGUGUCGUGCCUCACCUUCCGCGUCGUGGAUGAGCAGCGACGGCAACAUUCACUGGAGAUCACACUGCCCAUAAACUACCCGGCAUACCCUCCUUCAAUUGCCGCGGAUGUUCCUUAUCUCCCCAAAUUACAGUGGUCAAAAAGCUCAAGACUGAAGGAUGUUCUCUGCCAAUUCCAAGAGCACCUGAAGGUAUUGCAAGAUUACUGGUCUACAAUGGAUGGCAUUGACAAGGCCCUUUGGGUUGUCGAUACUACAAAGCCGACAUAUGCUAUGUCUCAUCGUCGCAUAGCUUUGGGUGAUGAUUGCUAUAUUUUACUACAUGUUGAUACGCACAAGCCCAACUCCUUACCAGAGUGCCGCUUCCUAGGCACAGAUGGGAAACUGGAAAGGCUGAUAAAGAAUUGGAGAAAAAAUCGUAAGAGAUGGAGCGCUGACAGAAAGUUCCAUGAAAACCUGGGAACUGUGUUAGAUUUUGCUCUGCCGCAACCCCCUUCUGUGAGCAUCAAAGAUGACCAGCAAGCUGAUUGUGGGAUAUGUUACGCCACGCAUCUGCCCGUCGAUGACGAACUUGGGACUCAGAGCGGGUGCGCGGCGGACUACAAGUGCGAAAACCCUAGCUGCAGCAGAGCCUUCCACUCCGUGUGCCUGAGAGACUGGCUGCGCACCAUUACUACGACAAGGCAGUCGUUCGAUGUUCUGUUCGGGAACUGCCCUUACUGCAGUGAGCCUGUCGCCGUGAAGGGCACCGACAGCUGAACCCGCCUUCUUCGCAUUUACGAAUCGAGAUGCUGAAGUUGGGUUAAUGUGAGCGGUUUGUCUGGAUAUAAACUAAGUUAUGGAAACUGUGUAUGCUUUGUAUAAUAGUAGGAGUAGCAUGUUUCCACCUUCCAGCGUGUGCUUUUCGGUAAUGACCUUCAAGCAGGUGUGGUUCCAGGUUUCAGGCGGACCAGUAAAAAGGAAGAGGGACGAAAUAAUCUAGGUCGCCUGCUGAAGGCCGGUCGUCAUGAUCUAGAUGUCAUCAAUGGAGCUGCAAGGGGUCAAAAUUCCCAAUUGUUUCUACGAAAUUGGCGUCCACUUGUAGAGAUGAAAGAAGUGUGCCAUUCUAAUUACUGAAAAUUGAUGUCUGUCACGCACCCUUCUAGAUUCGGGACGAAUGCGUAGUUGCUGACUGGUAUACAUAACAGUGGUUUGGA